GUCACUUAUUGACUUUUUCUAUUAUAAAAGAUUAUUAUUAAGUCAUAUUUUUUCAAAUUUAUGCUAGGAAAAAGUAAAGUGACGGUGGAUAACAAAGCAGUAAAUGUUACCUCAGAUGAUCUUGCUUCAGAACAAACGUCUCCUCAGCAGAAUGACGAAUGUCCUUUGGAAGAUAUGCGACAACAUUUACAGAACGUCAUUGAUCAUAUGGGACCUGAAACACCUCAUUAUCGCUUUACAACCACCACAAGUACUGAAUGUUUAGAUGGAGACAAUGAAGAGUCAUAUUUUGAAUCUACUUCUAUAAUAAGCUCUGUUGUUCAGAUAAAACAAAUCCAAAUGCAGGAGCAAGCUUUCGACACUCUUGAUUCCUCCGAAGUAUCAGCUAUCCCACCUGAUACACAAAGGACAGAUUGUCAAGAUGCUGAAGUCCAAGUUCCUUCAAAAAAUUCGCUAGAAAAGGGUCAUCAACACGUUUCGUGUGAACGACCAUGUUAUUGUCCAAAUCCAUCAUAUGGGUAUCAUUAUCAACCAUGCUACAUACCAUAUCCGAAUUUUCCACAGCCUCUUCCUAUCUGUUGCUCACCGCCCAUACAGCCUCAAGAACAACAGCAACCCACGGAAAUGAUUCAUCCGUGCAGGGAAGCUGUAAAUGUUCCUCCAAAACCUGUUCAAUCGCAACCAAAACCCUGCCACCAUCCUCAAGGGAGAUACGUUAUACCCAAACAUAACUGUAAGGGAUGGUCGUUUCUAAAAUGUUUUAGAAAAGAACGCCCAAAAAAUGAAUUUAUUAAACUGUACGUCGAAAAUCCUUCUGAACAUCAUCCACCCGAGAAACUGGUUUUUGAUCUGGUUGCGGGUAUUCCCCAACCUUGUACGAAUACGAUUUCAACCAACACUGUGAAUAAUGUCGUGAAGAGUACUGGAGCCAACACAUCAGUCAUAAAAACAAAGUGUUCUUCUGUUAAUGCGGCGUCAGUUGUAAAAUGUCAUGGAGUCUGUACCAGCAAACUAACCACUGGUGCUAGAUCAAUCUGUUCUCAAACGCCCUGUGGCACUCCUUGUUCCAGAAGUGAACAUGUUCUUGUAAAUCGAAUUUCUCAAGACAGAAAUCGAGGGAUAACAAGUUGCAAGGGUGAUCUUGAUACAAAAAUUGAGGUGUACUAUUUUGAUCACGGAAACAGCGCAUAUUACUGUACCACCGACAGCCCACCCAUUAUUGAUACUGACGUCUUGGGAGAGAAAAGUGAACAAUGCGCAAAACGAUUCUGGGCCGAAAGCUUUGGCACAGUAUAUAUUGGAAUCACUUUAUUCACAACAUUUGUUUUACAAUUUUUUAAAUUUUUACUCUACGGUCUUAUUCGUCCAUUGACGGUAGGUCUGCUUCAACUGGCCUGCGAUUACUUUUUCAAACCUUUUUUGGCAAUACUAUUUAAUGGCUUUGUUCAGCCGAUACUUAUAUUUUUCUACAAUGUGGCAACAUCCCUUAGAGAUCUUUGCGAUCCGAUUGCAGAAGGCUGUGGAUACUUUUUGCACGAACUUGCAUUUUUAUGCAGAUCAAUAAGAUUGUUCGACUACAAAUCACAAAAACCUAACAAAGAAUGUAUUAGGGAGAAACGAUCAAAGUGUUGCGCAAGUCCUGUGUGCAAACACAAGAAACAACAAGUAAUAAAUAUACCCCCCUGUUGUUAAAGAUUAAGACUAAAAAUAUAUCUGUUAUUAUAUACAUACAUAUAUAAUUGUAUUUUCUCAAUUUUACAAUAAUUU